AUGGCGGCGAGCCGUGAGAGAAGCGCGCCGCCGGACCCCGCGGCCGAGGCGGCGGAUUCGGAGUCGCUUCGAACAGCCGAGGAGAUUGUUGGGAGCCGUGCGCCGCCCGCCAUCGGCGCAGCCGUCGACGCGCGCCUGCUGAGAAGCUUCGACGGUCUCGCGCGCGACCUCGAUCACGCGAUUCGCACGGCCGCAACGCCGUCGCAACAGCACGACGCAAUCGCCACGUGUCUUCUCAUCGCGAACGCGCUGUGCGACUGGCCGGAGAGCGACGAGCCGCGGCCGCGGGAGGCGUUCGGCUUCCGCGUGCUGCGCAGCAUGCCGUGCGCCGCCGAGUCGCUGCUGUUGCGAGGCAAGCCAUGGGUUGCGCGGGUGUGUUGUGAUGCGGGGGAGGUGCGCGGGGAGGGCCGAGCUCUCAGCACCACACCAUUGUCUCUUCCCUCAUCCCCCCACGCCUUUUCCGCCUCCGCUCGAUCUCCCUCUUCCCCCCUCCUCUCCGUCGCGCUCGUCCUCGCCUCCCUCGCUCACCCCCUGGCAGACACGUUCUUUCUGAUGGAGCACAGCAGCAGCAGCAGGCGGCGGGCAGCAGCGACCCCGUGGAGGGGCUUCUGCGGCCCGCAGGGCAGCUCGCACGUCCCCGCCACCGCCACCACGCCCGCUGCUCUCUCCCCGCUGCUGCCCGCGGGCCUGCGCGCGCCUUUCCUUACGCAGCUGGAGGUGGCGUCCUCACAGGUCGACCGCACUGCCAAGAGGCAGCGGUCGCAAGGCGGCAUGCUGGCAUGGCAGCACAGCCAGGAGGACGUGGAGCAGGUGAGCGUGCACGACACGGGCUCGCAACCACAGGCAGUGACAGCAGCAGGCUUACAACAACAACCAAUGGCGUUCUCGGCCUCAGGGUCACAGCCGUGCUCCCCAUCGUUCUCCUCCUCUGCAGUGCCCAUGGCACAGAGUGCAGCGCCCACCCACCGCUUCUGCCACCCGCUCUCCCUUGUACUCAUCUCCUCCACCGCCUCCCACACCCCACCUCCCACCUCUACCACCUCCGCCUUCCCCUCUCUCGCCCCUGCCGCUGCCCCUGCCGCCCUGCCUGCACCCACCGCUGCGUCUCCCACUCCCACAGUCAACGCGUGGGAGCUGUACUCUCACGUUAAGGCGUACCUGGCCGGGCGAGCUGGGGGGAAUGGCAGUGGGGACGGUAGUGCCGAGGGCAGUGCGGAGGGCAGUGGGGACGGCAGUGAGGAGGGCAGUGGGGAGGAGGAGGCGCAGGCCCUGUGGCGUGUGGUGCGGGCAUGCGGGGUGGAGUCAGUAGGAGAAUUGAGUGGAGUGGUGGAUGAGAGGGGGUGGACAGCCAUGCACGUGGCUGCCCGCAAUGGUGACUCCCCCGUGCUGCAGGCGCUGUUGCGCAUGGGCAUGCCAGCAGGAGUGUGCAGCACACGCAACGCCACCACGCCACUGCACCUGGCGGCGUAUGGCGGCCACGUGGAUUGCAUGUGCCUGCUGGCUGUGACAUCCGCGCACAUCCGCGCGGAUGGCUGUGGUGCUGACAUCCGCGCUCGCACGGCUGGUGGCUGGACCCCUUUGCACAACGCAGCGAGCCAGCAGCAGUGGGGUGCAGUUCGGUGGCUGGCGCAGCAGGGGAUAGAACCAGCAGAGGUGGAAGCAGCGGGAGGCAACCCCAAUGCAAACAGGCUGCCAGCUCACCUCAUGGCCCAGGCGGUGCAGAUAGUGCGGGAGGAGUAUGCUAGGCGACCAGGCCACGCGGGAGAAGGGGGGCAUGGGUUUGGGGAGGAGGCUGGCGUGGGUGCGAGCUGGGUGGAUCAACUCCUUGUGCUGGAUGAUCACCUUGACAUUGCAUGA